AUGCCUAGCGAAAUCAUUACGUUGCAACUCGGACAAUGUGGCAAUCAAAUUGGAAUGGAGUUUUGGCGACAAUUGUGUGCAGAACAUGGUAUUAGCCCGGAGGGAAAAUUAGAAUCAUUUGCAACAGAAGGGUCUGAUCGGAAAGAUGUUUUUUUCUAUCAAGCUGACGAUCAGCAUUACAUUCCACGGGCAGUGUUACUUGAUCUCGAACCGCGUGUUAUCGAUGGUAUCAUGAAAUCACCCUAUAGACAUUUGUACAAUCCGGAAAAUGUCUAUAUUUCGAAGGAUGGCGGUGGUGCCGGUAAUAACUGGGCACAAGGUUUUUAUCAAGGUGAAAAAUUGUAUGAAGAAAUAUUUGAUAUUAUCGAUCGAGAAGCUGAUAAUGGUGAUUCUCUUGAAGGUUUUGUUCUUUGCCAUUCCAUUGCGGGAGGUACAGGGUCGGGUAUGGGAAGUAAUAUUCUGGAAAAACUUAACGAUCGAUUUCCUAAAAAAUUAAUUCAGACUUAUUCGGUCUUUCCAAUGACAAAUGAAGUUGCCGAUGUCGUCGUACAACCUUACAAUUCCAUACUAACAUUAAGACGUUUGACCGAGAAUGCUGAUUGCACAGUUGUUUUAGAUAACACUGCAUUAAAUCGAAUUGCUACCGAACGUCUUAAAAAGACAACCCCAACGCUCGCUGAAUUAAAUCAAUUGGUAUCCACGAUCAUGUCUGGAAGCACUUCGACACUUCGCUAUCCAGGUUAUAUGAACAAUGAUCUGAUCAGUCUUAUAUCUUCACUGAUUCCAACGCCUCGGUUACAUUUUUUAAUUUCUGCAUACACGCCAUUGACGUCUGAUAAUACAGAAUCUGAAGUACGUAAAACGACUGUUCUGGAUGUCAUGCGACGUUUAUUACAACCAAAAAAUGUUAUGGUGACAACAGCAGCUCGCGAUCGCAAUGUCACGCAUUGUUAUGUCUCGAUUUUGAAUAUAAUUCAAGGCGAUGUCGAUCCAUCAGAAGUUCACAAAAGUUUAAUGCGUAUACGUGAACGUAAACUAGCUGAUUUUAUUCCAUGGGGCCCUGCUUCUAUUCAAGUCGCGCUUUCCAAAAAGUCACCGUAUAUUACUACACAACAUCGUGUUAGUGGACUUAUGCUUGCAAAUCACACGGGCAUCUCAUCGUUAUUUGAUCGUAUCUGUGAACAUUAUGAUAAAUUAAUUAAACGCGAAGCCUUCGUUGAGAAUUUUCGUCGUUUACCGAUGUUCAAAGACAAUCUCGAUGAGUUCAAUGAAUCUCGUGAAGUUGUUCAACAACUAAUGGAUGAAUAUCGCGCUGCGACCACAAAAGAUUAUGUAAACUUUGGCAAUGCUCAAUCAGGACAAACUGAACAAACAUAA